AUGCCAAUGAACUUUAAAGUGACAUUUGCCAAUGGCACAUCAAUAAAACUCAUGGAUCUACCGGACGACAUCACACUUGAUGGUCUUCAAGCUCAUUUAUUCGAGAAGACGUCUAUUCCACCGCAAGAUCAGCAUGUGAUGAUUGGAUAUCCUCCCAAGAUGAUAAAAGGACUAGGAGAGUGUACGUUGUCAUCUUUGGGAGUUCGGACAGGCUCAGUGCUAGUACUUAAGGAGGUCCCGGCAACUAGCGGAGAUCAAGUCAAGUCCACGUCAGUAUUUAUGCGACGUAUUAUGCCAGCAGAUAACAGCUGCCUUUUCCACUCGAUCGGAUACGCUCUUACUAAAGGCAGAGAAGGAAAUGGCUUUAUGAUGCGGCAGCUGAUUAAGGAUACGAUUCUGACAUACCCGGAGAAAUACUCGGAUGUGUUUUUGGGACGACCGGUGCAUGAGUAUUGUGCUUGGAUCAUGGACGACAACUCAUGGGGUGGUGAGAUCGAGUUGUCGAUUCUGUCGACAUAUUAUAAGGUUGAGAUGGUCGUCUUUGACGUCACGAGCAUGAGCAGACUUUGUUAUGGCGAAGAUCAAGGCUUUACGCAACGGAUGUUUUUACUCUACGACGGAAUUCACUACGAUCUUGUGGUUGAGGCUCCAUCCACCACAGCAUCCGAGCAUCAUGAUGUGACGCUCUUUGCGAUCAAUGACUUUCAAAAGGUGGAACGUGCAAGUGAAGUCGCGGUGGAAGCUCAUCAGAAGCACGAGUUCACUGAUGUUAGUCGCUUCAGUAUCAUGUGUCUGGUGUGUAGGAGUACAUUUGUUGGACAGAAGGAAGCAGUUUUGCAUUCCGAGACUUCAGGACACCAGCAAUUUGGUGAAAUCAAGCCGCACUGA